AGCCCCAAGCCGGUUCCCAGCCCUGGCCGGGAUCUGUGCUGGGUUCUCUUGAGGGGGAGGGUCGAGGGUCGGUUUUCUGCUGGUGCUGCCGCCUCCUCUCAGGGUAGCAGAGCUGGGACUUCGCCGUGCUGCAUCCCCUGCUCGGGGUAGGAUCCUGAGACAGCAGAACAGAUGCACCCGUUGACAGCUGAUCGCUCUCUGCACUAGAGAGAAGUCCAGGGAUGAUAUAUUUUAGGAUUGUAUUUCUCCACUCUGGAAUUCAUGCAGUUCAUUCCAGAAACAUUGACCCUCUGCUUCCAUGACAUACCCUCACUGAAGGUCUGCUGGACAGACACUUUCAACUUUGCAGCUGUUUUAUUUCAUGUGGAAGUUGGAAGACAAAGUAGCUAAAAGUUAUCUGCUUUGGUGAAUAGACGUGCUCCCCUUGGUUCUCAGAACAUGGGCCCUCGUUUAAAGCUGCAGCUGUGAUCCUCGGCUGUCUGUUGGCAUUGAAGGGACCUGAUGUUUUACGUUAUUGGUGGCAUCACAGUGUCUGUGGUUGCAUUCUUCUUCACAAUUAAGUUCCUCUUUGAGCUUGCCGCACGUGUAGUCAGCUUCCUCCAGAAUGAGGACCGUGAACGCCGAGGGGACCGGACUAUAUAUGACUACGUGCGGGGAAAUUACCUGGAUCCCCGGUCUUGCAAAGUCUCCUGGGAUUGGAAGGACCCCUAUGAGGUGGGCCACAGCAUGGCCUUCCGAGUGCAUUUAUUCUAUAAGAAUGGGCAGCCCUUCCCCGCACAUCGGCCUGUAGGACUAAGAGUUCACAUCUCUCACGUUGAGCUAGCUGUGGAAAUUCCAGUGACCCAGGAAGUCCUCCAGGAGCCCAGUUCCAACGUGGUCAAGGUGGCCUUCACUGUGCGCAGGGCCGGCCGGUACGAAAUCUCAGUGAAGCUUGGUGGAUUAAACGUGGCCUAUAGUCCCUACUACAAGAUUUUUCAGCCUGGAAUGGUGGUUCCUUCCAAGACCAAAAUCGUGUGCCAUUUUUCUACUCUCGUGUUGACCUGUGGGCAGCCACACACUCUUCAAAUAGUGCCCCGAGAUGAAUAUGACAACCCUACCAACAAUUCCACGUCCCUGAGAGAUGAGCGCAGUUACAGUCUGUCCAUUCACGAGCUCGGUCCUCAGGAAGAAGAGAGCACUGGUGUCUCAUUCGAGAAGUCAGUGACAUCCAACCGCCAGACCUGCCAGGUGUUCUUGCGGCUCACCCUGCAUUCUCGAGGCUGCUUCCAUGCCUGCAUUUCAUACCAAAACCAGCCAAUCAAUAAUGGCGAAUUUGACAUUAUUGUCCUCAGUGAGAACGAGAGGAAUAUUGUGGAACGCAACGUGUCCACCUCAGGAGUGAGUAUUUACUUUGAAGCUUAUCUGUAUAACGCUGCCAACUGCACCAGCACGCCGUGGCACCUCCCGCCCAUGCACACGAGCUCUGCCCAGCGCCGGCCCUCUACGGCUCUGGAGGAGGAAGAUGAAGACUCGCCCUCUGAGUGUCACACCCCUGAGAAGGUGAAGAAACCGAAGAAGGUGUACUGCUACGUGUCACCAAAGCAAUUCUCAGUGAAGGAGUUCUACCUGAAAAUCAUUCCCUGGCGCCUUUAUACCUUCCGAGUGUGCCCAGGAACAAAAUUUUCAUACCUUGGCCCUGACCCUGUCCAUAAGCUGCUCACACUGGUGGUGGAUGAUGGCAUUCAGCCUCCUGUGGAGCUAAGCUGUAAGGAGAGGAACAUCCUAGCGGCCACGUUCAUCCGCUCACUGCAUAAGAACAUAGGAGGCUCUGAGACCUUUCAGGACAAGGUGAACUUUUUCCAGCGAGAGCUUCGGCAGGUACAUAUGAAAAGACCACAUACCAAAGUCACCCUGAAGGUCAGCAGACAUGCCUUGUUGGAAUCGUCUCUGAAAGCCACUCGGAAUUUCUCCAUCUCAGAUUGGAGCAAGAACUUUGAAGUGGUUUUCCAGGAUGAAGAAGCUCUGGACUGGGGAGGGCCUCGCCGGGAAUGGUUUGAGCUAAUCUGCAAAGCACUAUUUGACACCACCAAUCAGCUCUUCACCCGAUUCAGUGACACCAACCAGGCAUUAGUGCAUCCCAACCCUAAUCGCCCCACUCAUCUGCGCCUAAAGAUGUAUGAGUUUGCAGGGCGCCUGGUGGGCAAGUGUCUCUAUGAGUCCUCUCUAGGAGGAGCCUACAAGCAGUUGGUCCGAGCUCGCUUCACCCGUUCUUUCUUGGCCCAGAUCAUAGGACUACGUAUGCAUUACAAGUACUUUGAAACGGAUGACCCAGAAUUCUACAAAUCUAAAGUUUGUUUCAUCCUCAACAAUGACAUGAGUGAGAUGGAGCUGGUCUUUGCAGAAGAGAAAUAUAACAAAUCAGGUCAAUUGGACAAGGUUGUAGAACUUAUGACCGGUGGAGCUCAAACCCCAGUCACCAACGCAAAUAAAAUCUUCUAUUUAAACUUGCUGGCCCAGUAUCGGCUGGCCAGUCAAGUGAAAGAGGAGGUGGAACAUUUCCUAAAAGGCCUGAAUGAGUUGGUCCCUGAGAACCUUUUGGCUAUUUUUGAUGAGAAUGAGCUUGAGCUGCUGAUGUGUGGGACUGGAGAUAUCAGUGUGUCUGACUUCAAAGCCCAUGCAGUGGUCGUUGGUGGCUCAUGGCAUUUCAGAGAAAAAGUCAUGAGGUGGUUUUGGACCGUGGUAUCCAGUUUGACGCAGGAGGAGUUGGCUCGGCUGCUUCAGUUCACAACAGGCUCGUCUCAGCUACCACCCGGAGGCUUUGCUGCCCUCUGUCCCUCAUUCCAGAUUAUUGCUGCUCCGACCCAUAGCACGCUACCAACUGCACACACAUGUUUCAACCAGCUGUGCCUCCCUACGUACGACUCAUAUGAAGAGGUGCACAGGAUGCUGCAGCUGGCCAUCAGCGAGGGCUGCGAGGGCUUUGGCAUGCUCUGACCACUCUCCUGCCAUCCUCUUGGCCCCCGUGCCUUGUAGAGCAUCUGGGUACACGUAACAGACAUAACCACUGAGCCUGACAUACACAAACCAUCAGCCAGAAGCUGCUGCAUGCUCUCCAGUGUCUGGAGUAUUCAGUCACCUACAAACCUUGUCAUUCCCUUGCCCCCUCCUUUCCCAUCCCCCCCCCCCCAACCCCCAGGCCACUUUGGCAGGUACAUAAUCUGAGCGAUUCGCUCAGUCACGAGAGGAGGGCUGUGCUGCUGUGCUUGCACUUGGUUCUUAGAAGAUCUCAGUAGUGGGAGUGGCACUGGACUACCUCUCAUGGUGACUAAUGGCAUGAAAGGAUCUUUUUUUGUGGUGUUAGAACUGGAAAAGGCGCUUUCCUUGCAAGCGUUUCUGGAAAUGAUCAUUAAUCCAUAAAGAAGAACUCCCUAAUAAGCUUUUUCUUGGAUAUAAGCCCAUGAGACAGACAGACCUAAGAAUGUGAAAGAGAGCUGGGCUGUUGCCUCCAGUGCUGAAUGUGACUCUCCUUUAGGGCUAUAGGGCAUGUCUAGGCACGUGGCUGGCUCGAAGACUACUGAAGCUUGUCCCUGAGUUUGUUCUUUACACUGAGGUGUGUCUCAGCCUGGCUACUCACCUCCAACUUAUGCAGUCUGCUAAGAGCUGGGGAUUCUUUAGAUUUUUACUGAAAGAAAAUUUUGGAGCCAGAGAUUGGGACAGCAUGCCACUGAUCCCUGGUCUUCUCUUUGCUUGGUGUUCCCUGGCAGCGCUAAGGCAAGGGAAAAGGGGUCAGUAAUUUAAUUGCUUCUCACAGGUCCUUAGGGCCAGGAUGCAGGGAACACGCAUAGAUGAGAUACGUCAGAUGAAAAACACCUAGCUGUCCCAGUUACUUCCUGUCACUCCAUCAGUUUACCAGCAAGGGCAACUAAGGAGGGAGGAAGAUAUAUUAGGUUCACUGUUACGUGAUGAUUGAAGAGAACCUGCAGCUGUUUCUUGGAAGAUGACAGCAACCUUUUUCAUUACGAUUUGAAUGAAGACAUUUUCAAGACUCAAAAUCUCAUUGAAUUCCCAAAUUUCUGUUGCUAAGAAGGCUUUGCUGUAAGCUACCAUUCCCAGUGGGGCAUUUGACUCUGAGAAUAUUAACAAGCCAUCUUUAUUGCCAAAACCAGCAAGUACAAAGAGUCCAGAGAUGAGGCGGGACUUGUGGCAAUGCCUUGGCCUCCUGGAAGCACGUCUGAGCCCUCCUGUUCCCAGGGAUCAUGAGAAACAAGCCUUCCUGAGCUGCUACAGUUCCUGCCUGACCUCACUUCUUCGCAGUUGUCAUUUGUCCUCCUUGGCAUGGGUGCUGACCUCACUCAUCCUUGGGGUCUAGGAUCCAGCAUCAGGGCCUCUGUACCCCAGGGUCCUCCAUGCCACAUGGUCACUGCUCUCCUCAGGGACCAGGACAGGGUGCUGCUGCCUGCCCCGGUGUUUUCCCAUGGGAUAUGCACAGGCAAGUUUCAUCAUCCCAGGGAAACACGAUGCUGCCCCUUGGGCCCAGAGAGGGUUUCCAGCUGGGGCACAUGGGCUGGUUCUGCUGUCUUUGGCCAUUGUUCUUCUUCUGGAUUCUGCAUUCUCCCCUCCAGAGACUGUUGCUGGAGUUCGAGUUGAUUUUCUUGGCUAGAUAUGUCCUUUUAAGCUCUAGUCAUAGCACUUUUCAGAGCAUCCUGGGUACCAUUGCAGUGCAGCUUCAUCUUGCUGUGGUCCCUAGCCCCAGGGUCUUCGUUUAACAAAACCCUUUGGUACUGUUGUGGUUUUCUAUUCUUCCAGUUUAUUCUCUCCUAACUAUUCAAAAGUAUCUUUGCUCUUUUGGCUUUUCCUUUGACCUUUUUUUCUAAUCCUGCUUUGAAACUAGCCAUUGUGGGGAGAGGUACACCAUGUCUGAGAGAAGGAAAAGCGUCUGUUCCUUCUUGAGCCGUUUUCUAUUCACGUUUCUUAUUUUGGCCAGUUCUUUUAUUUAUGCCCUUGUGGCCCAGGUACCUGGGGAGUCAGCUAACCUCCUGGCCUUUUAGUCUCUUCAAAGGAGACCAGGCACCAAGUGAACACCAAGGAAGUUGUUGGCAUGUUUCUAGAACUUCAGCAGAGACCAAGCCCUGCUGCAAAUUUGUCAGGCCAGACAAAAGGACCAGACAGUUGCAGCAAUAGUGUAAAUAUUUUGUACAGUAAAUAAAUGAAUGUUUAAAAGGACUAAGGAGCAAGUGACUGCUUUACGUGAUGAUUCAGGGCUUAAAUUGGAGGUGGGGAAGGAAAAGAAAAAUUUAGGGAUGUUUUUGCAUUUCCUCAGUAAUCCCUUCAGAAGCAGUCUGCUUGGGGUUAAAUGUACUCCCAGAGACCUGGCCUGGCCUGGUCCUUCUUGCCCUUUCACCCUUCCCUGAUUGCUGUCCAUGGUGCCAGGCAGGGCCGUGGUGCUUGCUUGCACAGAGCGCCAACGGCUGGGACAAGUGCUUGUGCUCAGCUGCAGAAGAAGAAACAAGUUUGGCAAAAACAGAGGAUGUUUGUUCACAUCAGUCUUUUGAACAUUAAUUAGUUGUUGUUUUACUACAUAAGAAACUCAGUGUAGAAAAUUUGGAAAUUAAAAAAAAGUACAAGGAAGUGUUACUUGCCAUCUAGAGGGAAUAACACUUUGGUGGAUGGCCCUCUUACUUUCACGUAAUCACACAUGUAUUUCUCAGUGUGCCCUCGACCCUCCCACAAGUGCUUUAGGUGUGGCAAACAAAAACCCUGCUCCUCAAAAGUUUUUUGGUGGCAGGUGGGAACAAUUCUUUUCCAACCACAGAUAAGCUUGGCAGAAGGAAAAAACCAGACCUCUGAUUUGGGGCUUGUAGGAAAAGUGUUAGGGACCCUGGCUUUCUUGGGGAAGUAAUCAUGAUGUCUUUGUACAUUGGUUCCCAUUCUGGGAAUCAAAAUGAAAUCUCCUUUAUAACUGUUUUUUUUUUUUUUUUUGGUUUUCUUUUUUGUCAUUUUUUUGUUUGUUUUUGUUUAGUUUGUUUGUCUUUUUUGUUUUGGCCACACCACAUGCCCUGUGGGGUAUUAGUUCCCCAAGCAGGGAUCGAACCAGGACCUGGCAGUGAAAGCAUCUCCUAACCACUGGACCACCAGGGAAUUCCCCUGUAAUAAUUUUUAAAGUAUAGAUUUUUUUUCUCCCCACCCCCACCUCCCAGACCCAGUGAAUUGGAAUCUUAACUUAAAAAUUACUCCUUUAGAGCGCAUUCAGUCUACUCCCAGCUCAUCAAGUUCUCCUGAGUGGUAUGAGAUGUCUAAAACACAGAAAACAAAAUUCUGCCCCUCCAACUUUACACUUUUAGGUUAUUUAACAGUCUUAAAUUUUUUAUACUUGCUGCUCUUGUGGCUUUGAAUGGGUCACUAUGAACAUUCACCACUGAGUGAUUUCAUCCCAUUGUGAAGUUAUUCUUAAGACUCAAGAAUUGUUCUUGAAUUAACACAAUAAAACACUGCCUUCAGCUUCUCAUGCACUGUUACCUCUGAGCCACUGCAGCUCGAACUCUGAGACCUCUGCCUGACCACACUUCUCUUAGGACACAGUAGAGGUUCUCCAGCAGGUGGCUUGACCAGAGAGAGCUCCUUACCUCUGCUUUGGCUUCACUCUUAGACUCUCAGACAUAAUAAGGCCGGCUCUGGGUAUCCUGUAGUUCUUCCAUUUAAAAAUGAAUAAUUCCUUCUUUUAUUUUGAGAUGAAUAUAUAUACACAUUAUAUAUACACACUUAAAAAAGGCAUACAGGCAUGUACAGUUUAACAAUUACAAGGGAAACGCACCUGUAACCACCAUCCAGGAAAGAAAGAAAACGUGACAGCACUGCCGAGCAGGUCUCCUACCCUUCUAGAGGUAACUCUUCCGGACUUUUAAGGUAAUUGUUUCAUCAAUUCCCUUUUCAAACAGCCUGUCCUAGAAAUCACAGUGGGGACGGGGGAAAAGAGCCUAUGUGGUCUCUUGAUACAAUGUUUGCGAAGGGCAGUUUCUCCGUGGUGAUUACUGUCCCUCACAAUUAGUUUAAAAAGUCUUCUGGAACCAUUGUUGCCCCAUGAGAAUCCAGUUCCAAUUCCUGAUGCCGAGUCUGAUGAAUCAUAUUCAGAGACCACCAGAUCUCUCUGCAGAGGUUUUCCCCCAGAUAUUCUAAAUCGGAUACCCCUUUGCCUUGAUACCCUGAAGAGGUUUUGUGGGCUGAUCUCCCGUGAUCAUGGUUCUCCCCGCUGGGCAGCAGCAGGUUCUCGAGUAGCAUAUAAGUGAAGUAGUAUUGAAAAUGACUUGGUACUAAACGGUACCCAAAAUCGUGGGAUGGGCUAGUAUUCUGAUUCAGAGAACUGAAUCUGUGCAGAUUCUAACAGAAAGCCACCCCAAAGUUCUUGGAGGGGUUAGGUUUUUGUUUGGAGUGCAAAGGGAGGGCAUUUAGAAAUCUGCAGGGGCUGUGGUGACGUUCUUGGUCCACAUGUGGUAGAGAGGUGCUGCUAGUUGGGAUAUGCCUUGCUAUGAAUACCUUCCUCACCCUCCAGAUUCAAUUAACUAAUGUUUCUUGCAUACGAACACUUCGUGGUGGCCACCGCAGGGACCUGGUUCUCUGUGGUGAACUCGGGUGUGGUCUCUACAAGAUGCUCAGUGAAUUCCUGGUGAGGUGAUACAGAGGACACAGCCUCUUUCCAGAAGUCAGAGACUCCUCUGCUAUAGUUCUUUUGAUACGGCAUCAAAGGUGGCUUUAGCAAAGUUGUCCAGGUUGUCAGUAGGGUCCUGGCUUGUUAAUACAAGCCAGCAGCCACAGCUUCUUUUUUUUUUUUUUUUUUCUUCGGCGGGAUCUUCCUGGAGCUGGGAUCGAACCCGUGACCUCUGCAUUGUCAGGCGGAUUCUUAACCACUGCGCCACCUAGGAAGCCCCUGCCACAGCUUCUUAAACACAAGGUGGAGACAAUGUUGAUAUGUCUAGGGGCAGGGAUCAAACACACUAGCACAGAACCAUAGUAUCUAGUCACCUUGUAAGAACAGUGAGGGGCUCGCUCCCCUUGUAGUCUUCUUUCAGGGAGAUGAUGGAUGAUUUAUCCAGGGUGAAGCCUGUGGGUGUGGUUGCUACUUGGAGCCCCCAGUUAGCAGGCCAGUGUGGCCUUUGUAGUCUUUGAUGGCCACAGAUGCCUUAAACCAUGUUUGGCUGGCCAACAAGGCAACUUUCUGAGUGAGCAAGGUCUUAGGACCUCAUCUCUUCGGGGUGACUCUAGGAAGAAGUCAGUCUUGGAUUACUCAAGGAGCUAGGUGAGGAUAUACAUUUCUUUUAUAAACUUCACUGUGUCCUAGACCAGGUGGCUCCUCCUGAUGACAGGAACCUACUUGUAUCCUAUGUUUCUAACUCCAGGGCCCCUGGGCCUCCAGCCUCCCCUGUGGGACAGGCAUCGCCUGUCAUUUGGCCUUUUCUCGAAGAAGUUGCCCUUGAAUGCUUUUGCAUCAAGUGUGCAGAAUGGAACCCUCAAAGGGUAGAGAGCCAUGAAUUGAUGAGCUUGAACAUUCAUAUUUUUUUUUUAACUCCCAUGGUUCAACCUUGAGCAGGACAAUCUUUCAGUAUUAGUUCUCUGACCGGCAAAAUGAUGCUGUUAACUAAAUAAAAUUGACUAAUAACUUGGAGCCCUUGGAAAAGGUUUGCUGUGUAUAUAGUGUGCGUGAUACCAUGUUGAUUAUGGUGUAGGGCCCUGGUAACUUCUACAGCAGGAGACUACAUGGACCUGGGGGCAGUAGGGGCUGCUAGAGUGGAUGACUGGUAUGGGGUGGGGCUCUUUUCCCACCUUGCCAUGUCCAGGCAGGCCAGAGGGAAUGGGUGUUCAGGACACCUAGUCCAAACACCUGUGAAGAAGACCCCAGGUCAGAAGAGAACACCUCUCUCUCCUUCAUAUGACCCUCCAAAGGCCAGAGGAAGUAUUUGAGGGGACUGCAUCUCAAGUCAUGUCAGGUGGUAGGCAACCUAAUACCCUUGACUUUCCUUAACCUACCUGAUUACUGAAUCAUAAUAGUAGCUACCAUUUUUUGAGUUCUUCCCUUAUGCUAAGAGCAUUAAUAAUAUAUUGUCUCAUGUUGACAAUGACCCUGCAAGGUAACUCUUGUUUUCUCUGUUCUAUACAAGACACAGUUGAGGCUCAGAGAGGAUAAGCAGCUGCCAGGGUUCCUUAGGUGGUAAGUGGCAGAGCAGUAUUUGAAUGUGGGUCUGUUUUAUGUCACAGCCCGAACUCUCCACGUUGCUGGUUGGUCUCUAGCAGGUUAGGUUAGACUAAGAAACAACGCAGGCACUGGGCCACCUGUGUUCACUGACUCUGUCUCACAUUCACUUGGUGACACAGUGUGACAGAUGAACACUUUACCUUUGUUUACCUGUCAGUCGAGGAUUUGGGAUAUAUGAAGAGAAGGCUCUAUUGCUUCAGCAUAGAGAGCUUUUAAGAGAUACAGUUGUUGGCAAUAGCUUUAAAAUUUUUGUGUGUAGAAAGUUCCAUAAAAUACCAACUAAUAGCUUGAGUGAAGUGACUUCCAAGUUUAAAUGAAUCCUGUCUAGAGUGUACAAGACACCCCUGAGGGUAUAACUGAGGAAGAAUAUCCUGACAUCUUCAUUAUCCCCACUUUGGUUGAAAAUUCAUAGGCUGCAUGCAAAUGAAAUACUAAAAUGAGGUCAGACAUGCUACACAAUAAUACCCUGAUGUUUAUCUCUGGUAACUAAGUCUGCAGAAAAAGACUCAUUUAAAUAAAUCUUUUGGCUCUAAACUCUCCUUACAUGAAACAGCACCGUUUGGCAAAGGCCAAAUCUCUGGUGGUUAUCUCGCUGAGGAAAUUAACAUUUUCAAGAAUGCCAGAGCUAAAGGGAGACACACCUCAAAAAAGACUGAUUCUAUUGGAACUAUAAACAUAGUAUCUUCUGCAGGGUGAGGGAUCCUAUACCUCUCUAGGGCAAGGUCACAGCUUCUACCACCCCCACUUCACCUGCAUUAUGGAUUUGCACAGGGAGGGGUCUUUCUGAAUUUUCCCAUGUUUUGACGGACCGACAAUGUUCCGUUUCUGCUCAGAACUCCCACUUGAAGGAGUUGCCAAGACAUUCUUCUGUUUGUCCAUUAGCAGAGUCAGGGAUGUCUGUCUUCGCAAGCCAGCUGGAAAGCCUUUGAUGGCUUUUAUGUUAUGUUGAAAACAAAAUGUUGUGUUAUUGUGUAAGAGGGAGAUUAUGUGUGUGUGUCAUGGUUUUGUGCUAGUUCUCAUAAAUCCUGUGUCUAAUCCUACUCUCAAGUUGUCAUUUCAUUUGCUAUAAAUGUACCUCACUUGCCCCCACUACCAAAAAAAAAUCUGAUGUUUCUGUUCCA